AAUGAAGACGAGGAAACACUUUUUCUCACAGAGAGUUGUGAGUCUGUGGAAUUCUCUGCCUCAGAUGGCGGUGGAGGCAGGUUCUUUGGAUGCUUUCAAGAGAGAGCUAGAUAGGGCUCUUAAAGAUAGCAGAGUCAGGGGAUAUGGGGAGAAGGCAGGAAUGGGGUACUGAUUGGGGAUGAUCAGCCAUGAUCACAUUGAAUGGCGGUGCUGGCUCAAAGGGCCGAAUGGCCCACUCCUGCACCUGUUGUCUAUUGUCUAUUGUCUAUUGUAUCUCUAAAAACUAAAAACCGCAUAGUGGAAGCAAAACGAAAUGCCUAAAUGUAAUCUGAAAAUGAGUUCAUUAGUUCUCGGAGCAGAACGGCCCCAUAGCAGAAGUGUCGAUGUCGCAGGGCUGGGAACUGGAAGUAUCCUGAGCUAAUUCUGCCACCACCAUCGUCUACUGCAACAAGUGAUGGCUCCCACUGAUUGUCGCCGGAAGCUUCAGGACGGACGAUGACAGCGAGGUCAACAUUUGAAACAUGGUAGAUGGACACGAAAGAAGGCACGACAGAUCAGCCAUGGUCACAAUGAAUGGCGGUGCUGGCUCGAAGGGCCGAAUGGCCUCCUCCUGCACCUAGUUUCUAUGUUUCUAUGUAAGAAGGAGCAGAAUUAGGCCAUUCAGCCUAUCACGUCUACUCCGCCAUUCGAUCAUGGCUGAUCUAUCUCUCCCUCUCAACCCCAUCCUCCUGCCUUCUCCCCACAACCCCUGACACCCGUGCUAAUCAAGAAUCUGACAAUAUCCAUUGACUUGGCCUCCGCAGCCGUCUGUGGCAAAGUAUUUUGGACGUAUGUGUGAAGUAAAGUGAAAAUGGUACCAAAAUUAUGGGAGGAUCCACUGUACUAAUGAUUCAGGUUCUCAUCGAAUCAUAGAGUGAUACAGCGUGGAAACAGGCCCUUUGGCCCGACUUGCCCACACCGGCCAAUAUGCCCCAUCUACACUAGUCCCACCUGCCUGUGUUUGGUCCAUAUCCCUCUAAACCUAUCCUAUCCAUGUACCUGUCUAAAUGUUUCUUAAACGUUAGGAUAAUACCUGCCUCAACUACCUCCUCAAGCAGCUCGUUCCAUACACCCACCACCAUCUGUGUGAAAAAACUACCCCUCAGAUUCCUAUUAAAUCUUUCCCCACCCUCACCUGAAAACCUGUGCCCUCUGGUUCUCGAUUCACCCACUCUGGGCAAGAGACUCUGUGCAUCUACCCGAUCUAUUCCUCUCAUGAUUUUUAUACACCUCUAUAAGAUCACACCCUCAUCCUCCUGCGCUCCAAGGAAUAGAAUCCCAGCCUGCUCAACCUCUCCCUAUAGCUCACACCCUCUAGUCCUGGCACUCCUUCAAAAACACCAAGCUCCUGUCAAGCCGCAAGCCGACCCCUCCUCUGUUCUACGCCCUGACACCAUGACACCAGAAGGUAUGUAUUUUAUGGCCUCAAGAAGGUUUGUUAUCUGUUGCUGCGGAAACAGCGGACAAAGCACUUAAUUGGCACCCACAGUAAAUUAAGCUCACACUCACGGGAAGCCCCAUGCGAUGAAUAGUUAAUUUCCCCCUCCUGCUGCUAAUGAAAAGCGAUCUUUAAUCCAUUGUCCAUCCCAUAAGGAAGUUUACUCAAUAUGGGGAAAUGUUUGAAAAGUCCUCCGCACCUCACACUCCGAUGGGAGAUAUAAUUGGGACAAUGGCUAUUGCUGGUCGCUACCUGUUUUAAUGUCCACACGCUUGCUGCACUUAUUACAGAACAAUACUGUGUGUGUACUGUGUGUGUGUGUGUGUGUGUUCCCUCCUCUACCUGUCCUGUCCGCUGCCCGUUUGUUCAAUUACAAGCCGGAGUAGGGAAUAAUUCUCGACUGUGUUGAUGUCCGAUCCUGGAGAUUUUUGCACCAAGAUAAGGCCGCGCAAGGAUUUUUGGAGAGGCUGUCUUCAAAGUCGAUAAUGCAUUUGUCAUUCCUCUGUCAUUGGAAUGGAACGGCGAGGGACAGUAAUAGCAGCGGCGAUAUUUGGGAUCAUCAUUCUCCUGGGAGUCAUCGCAGGCAUUGCCAUUUGCUUCGGCAUGUAUCUGAAUGACUACUGGAACACGCGUGUGGGCGUCAUGCAGGGACCUCAGCUCAAUACCGUCACGCGAUUCAAUGCCUCACCUUCUCCUCCCCCCUACAGUCACAACCAAGAGAUGGAUGAUGCUGGCGAUCCACCCCCACCAUAUAGUCUCACGUCUCCAGCUGCUCCAGAGUCUACGCCACCCCCACCUUACCCAGGCUGCUCAAGUAAAUAAACUCCCCAACGCCCCGAUGUUAUUGAACGCUGGAAACCGGAUGCUGAUUGGGGAAGGACAUCGCUCCGUAAUGAACGGGGUUUCCUCGGGCUGCUAGAAGGAACGUACCGUCAUCCCCCUAACUUAUUCCAGCUCCGCGGCCGAACGCUAAUGACAUCCUCGAUUCUUUAAGCAACAUCCAAGAUGGCCACCAACCCAGGCAGCCAUUUGCAUGCGGGCCACAGCAGUAGAUCUACAAUCACAUAUUACAAUCGCUCCACACUCUAAAAUCCCUACUCCCACAGUAACAUUUCUUACCCUAACUAUGAUCUUCUUAAACAUGGACUUUGAUGGCUUUACCUUGCUCCAAACGUUAUUCCCUUAUCAUGUAUCUAUACACUGUGAAUGGCUUGAUUGUAAUCAUGUGUUGUCUUUCUGCCGACUGAAGCUUUUCACCGUACCUCGGUACAGGUGACAAUAAACUAAACUGCACUCCUUUCCUGUGAGAGAGGUUCCUUCCCACCCAAACCACCCCCUCCCCGGGUACUUUCCCUUGCAACCGCAGGGAAUGCUACAAUUGUCGCUUUACCUCCCCCCUCGACUCCAUCCAAGGACCCAAGCAGUCUUUCCAGGUGAGGCAGAGGUUCACCUGCACCGCCUCCAACAUAUAGUAAGUGUUUAUCCCAGCUCUCUUUUGAAAUUUUUAUAGCUAGUUCUUGUUCCCAGUCUCUUCUAAUACCAUCAGUUGUAGGUAUUUCUAUAUUUAAAAUAGUGUUGUAUAAGUAUGAUAUUAGAUUUGCUGAUUCAGCCUUUGACUUCAUUGCUUCGCCCAGUAAGUCUGGAGGCAUGUUAUGAUAGUCUUUCGUGUAUUUUUUCACAUAGUCACACAAUUGAAGAUAUUUAAAAUAUUGAUUAUUUCUCAAAUUAUAGUUCAGUUGUAAUUGUUGAAAUGAGAAUAAUUUUCCGAAUUCAUACAAGUCUCCGAGCGUUUUGAUUCCUAUUCUUUCCCAUUGUGUAAAUGAUUUAUCUAUAGUAGAAGGUUUAAACAACGGAUUAUUGACUAUUGGCAUUAAAAGAGAUAGAUUUCUUAAUUUUAGAUUCUGUUUUAUUUGUUUCCAAGUUCUAAUUGCGCUAUGUAUAAUUGGAUUUCUAUUGUAAUUUUUGUUAUUCAGAUUCAUUGGUGAAAGGAGAGUCGCUCCUAUAUUACACGGAGAGCAGUCCUCUCUCUCCAUUACAAUCCAGUC